AUGGCUCUUACUGGUAAGCUGGAGUUCGGAAAGGAAAUCAAGUCCUCCCCAAAGAAGUUCUUUCACUGUAUUUUUGGGCUAAUUUUGGUGUCUUCGUUGAUCGUAGAUGGAAACACUGUUUUGAGCCUGGAUGCAAAAAUUGAAGUCCUAGACGAAGAGAAAAAUUUGAUCACAUUUAGAUGCUAUGAUGGAGAUUUCUUGAAGCAUUACAAAGACUGCAAGUUCCACAUACAGGUCAUCACAGAAGAUCACAAAAACUUGGUGAGAUAUUCAAUGGAGUACGAAAAAAUAGAUGAAAGAGUCCCUGAACCUACUGAUUACAUGGAAUUUGGACUAAAGAUGCUUGAAGGAAUUGAUGUUCUUGCUUAG